GGAAGAUCACGCUGAUUCACACUGAAUAAAGCAGUGACUCCUGCUGCAGUAUGUGGAAGUUCGUCACCAUAGGGGUGCUGCUGGCUGCCUGCUCUUCACGAGUCUGUAAUACCUCAAUAUUUUACAGCAAUAAAGAUGCAAACCAAGUCCUGAAAAUCCAGAAGCGGGCAAACUCUUUUCUGGAGGAGCUCAAACCGGGCUCUAUGGAGCGUGAGUGCAUUGAAGAACGGUGUGACUUUGAGGAGGCCAGUGAGAUAUUUGAAACGAAGGAAGCAACACUAGAUUUUUGGACCAAGUAUGUAGAUGGAGAUCAGUGUGACCCGCAGCCUUGUUCCAAUGGGAUCUGCAAGGACAAUAUUGGAAAAUUUUCCUGCAUCUGUUACAAAGGCUGGGAGGGGGUUUUGUGCAAUUAUGAGGUCAAAUACACCAACUGUUCUGUUAAUAAUGGAGGAUGUGAACAUUUCUGUAGGGAUGACCCUGCCAACCAGUGCCGCUCUUGCAGCUGUGCAUCCGGGUAUCAUUUGAUGAAUGACCAUACCACGUGCAAGCCUGUAGUGGAGUUCCCUUGUGGAAGAGUGAAAAUGGACUACUUUGAAUCCAAAGCAGGAUUCAAUAUUCGGCUCAUUGAGGGAAAAACAGGAAGACGGGGAGACAGCCCUUGGCAGAUUAUGCUGCAAAAUAGCAAAGGGAAAUUUCUGUGCGGGGGUGUUCUCAUCCAUCCGUUUUGGGUCCUAACGGCAGCACACUGCACUGAGGCAGAAGAGGGGCUCAAAGUAAGACUUGGUAAAUUCCACCGUCGCCGUAUUGAGGCCGGCGAGCAAACCGUUUGGGUUGAUAAAUGGGUGAGCCACGAAAAUUACACCAAGGAGACCUCCGAUAAUGACAUAGCCAUGCUGCACUUGGCUGAGCCCGUGAUGUAUAGCAAAUAUGUGCUCCCUAUCUGCCUUCCCACCCGCGACCUGGCAGAACAGGAGCUGACAAGAACUGGGAAUCAGAUGGUGGUAACUGGCUGGGGCAGCACAAGUGAUGUUAAAACCAAUUUCUCUACUCUCCUCAGUUACAUUCAAAUCCCCAUGGCUGCCCAGAACGAGUGUGCCCAGGCGAUGAGAUUCGCUAUCUCUGACAACAUGCUGUGUGCCGGGAGCUUAGGAGACCAAAAAGAUUCCUGCAGUGGGGACAGCGGAGGCCCUAUGAUCACUAGAUAUAAGGAUACUUGGUUUUUGGUAGGACUGGUGAGCUGGGGUGAAGGCUGUGGAAGAAGGGAGAAAUUUGGAGUCUACACCAAAGUUAGUCAGUAUCUUGAGUGGAUCCAGCACCACAUAGAUGAGAUGUCAGCUUCUUGGAAGGGUUGAUUUUGAU